AUGGCGGCCAAGCAGACRGAGCCCGUCACUGUCAUCAGCCUUCGGAAGCUGAGCCUGGGGGUCCCAGAGCCGCAGCAGCAGAAAGAGCUAAAGACGUUCACGGUGGAGGAUGCGGUGGAGACCAUCGGGUUUGGACGCUUCCACAUUGCCCUGUUUCUGAUCAUGGGCAGCACCGGGGUUGUCGAGGCCAUGGAGAUCAUGUUAAUAGCUGUUGUGUCUCCUGUCAUCCGCUGUGAAUGGCAACUGGAGAAUUGGCAGGUGGCAUUUGUGACCACGAUGGUGUUUUUUGGCUACAUGGUGUCCAGCAUCCUCUUUGGCCUCCUGGCUGACAGAUAUGGUCGCUGGAAGAUUUUGCUCAUCUCGUUCCUGUGGGGAGCCUACUUCUCCUUGCUGACCUCUUUCUCUCCCUCGUACAUCUGGUUUGUCUUUCUGCGGACCAUGGUGGGCUGCGGAGUGUCUGGCCACGCCCAAGGGUUAAUCAUAAAGACUGAAUUUUUGCCCACUAAAUAUCGAGGCUACAUGCUCCCCUUGUCUCAGGUUUUCUGGCUGGCUGGCUCCCUGCUCAUCAUCGGCCUGGCCUCUGUGGUCAUCCCCACCAUCGGGUGGCGCUGGCUCAUCCGGAUAGCCUCCAUCCCCGGCAUCAUCCUCAUCAUGGCCUUCAAGUUUAUUCCUGAAUCGGCUCGGUUCAAUGUCUCCACCGGGAACACCCAGGCUGCCCUGGCCACCCUAGAGCGCAUUGCCAGGAUGAACCGCUCGGUCAUGCCGGAGGGGAGGCUGGUGGAGCCCAUUCUGGAAAAAAGAGGAAGAUUUGCAGACCUACUGGACGCUAAGUACCUACGGACCACAUUACAGAUCUGGGUCAUAUGGCUGGGAAUCUCUUUUGCCUAUUACGGGGUUAUCCUGGCCAGUGCCGAGCUGCUGGAGCGGGACCUGGUCUGUGGUUCAAAGUCAGAGUCACAGGUGGUGGUGGUGACUGGGGGGGACUCGCAGGAGAGUCACAGUCCCUGCCACUGCCACCUGUUUGCCCCGUCUGACUACCGGACAAUGAUCAUCAGCACCAUUGGGGAAAUUGCUUUGAAUCCUUUAAAUAUCCUGGGCAUCAACUUCCUGGGGAGACGGUUGAGCCUUGCUAUCACCAUGGGGUGCACGGCUUUGUUUUUCCUCCUCCUCAAUAUUUGUACUUCAAGUGCCGGCCUUAUUGGCUUCCUCUUCAUGCUCAGGGCCCUGGUGGCGGCCAACUUCAACACCAUCUACAUUUACACUGCGGAGGUCUACCCCACCACGAUGCGCGCUCUGGGAAUGGGGACCAGCGGCUCCCUGUGUCGCAUUGGUGCGAUGGUGGCACCGUUUAUCUCCCAGGUUCUUAUGAGUGCAUCAUUCCUGGGAGCCCUGUGUCUCUUCUCAUCUGUCUGUGUUGUAUGUGCCAUUUCUGCAUUCACUCUUCCCAUUGAGACCAAGGGACGAGCCCUGCAGAGUGAAGCCAAAAGCUUUAGUGCAGCACCAGUUGCCAUCACUACCAACAACCAGCAGACACUGCUCAAAUGA